AUGACUCUCUUCGCGACCAUCCUCUUCCAGCUCUGCCUGGCCACACUUGGCCUGGCCGCACCUGUCUCGACGGAAUCCAUGGACAACAGCUGGCAGUAUGGCACUGGCGGCGGGCUCCUCGGUCUUGUGGUGCUCAUCCUGGACAUCAUCGUCUUCGUCGAGGUGUUGAAGUCGAGCCGUCCGCCCCUGCAGAAGCUCGUCUGGUGUCUGGUCGUCUUCCUCUUCCCCGUUAUCGGCAUGGCUAUCUAUUACCUGUUUUCGAACCGGUCUGCAUACCAGCGUGGGUCUGGCUACGAGACGUUGGCGUAA